AAAAAGGAAAGAGCAAGAAACUGCUUUGUGUUUGUUGUUGCUAAACGCAAAAUUGAACUUAAAUUAAGUAAAAAACUUACAACUAGCCCGAGUUAUUUAAAUACCUGAAAGUCGAAAAUAUGGAUCGUUUGCUACGUUUAGGAGGCGCCAUGCCACAAGCUGCUCCACCAACAGAUGCGCCUGUUGUCGACACUGCCGAGCAGGUGUACAUUUCCUCGCUGGCGCUAUUGAAAAUGUUGAAGCAUGGUCGCGCCGGUGUGCCUAUGGAGGUGAUGGGUCUGAUGUUGGGCGAGUUUGUUGAUGACUACACGGUGCAGGUGAUCGAUGUAUUUGCCAUGCCUCAAACAGGCACAGGCGUCUCUGUGGAAGCUGUGGAUCCCGUGUUCCAGGCUAAGAUGUUGGACAUGCUGAAACAGACAGGACGACCCGAAAUGGUUGUUGGAUGGUAUCACUCGCAUCCUGGCUUCGGCUGCUGGUUGUCCGGCGUUGAUAUUAACACGCAGCAGUCCUUCGAAGCGCUGUCCGAACGUGCUGUGGCCGUGGUCGUGGAUCCCAUCCAAUCCGUCAAAGGCAAGGUAGUGAUUGAUGCCUUCCGACUGAUCAAUCCCAAUAUGCUGGUGCUCGGCCAGGAGCCUCGCCAGACCACAUCGAAUUUGGGUCACUUGCAGAAGCCAUCGGUGCAGGCACUGAUUCAUGGCCUGAAUCGUCAUUACUACUCCAUAAGCAUUAACUACCGCAAAAACGAGCUGGAACAGAAAAUGCUGCUGAAUUUACACAAAAAGUCGUGGAAGGAUGGACUCACUCUGGCCGACUACAACGAGCACUGUUCCAUAAACGAGGAUACUGUGGCUGAAAUGCUCGAUCUGGCCAAGAAUUAUAAUAAGUCUCUGGAAGAUGAGGAGAAAAUGACGCCCGAGCAGCUGGCAAUUAAAAAUGUAGGUAAGCAGGAUCCCAAGCGACAUCUGGAGGAGAAAGUGGACACGGUCAUGCAGAAUAACAUUGUACAGUGCUUAGGAGCCAUGCUGGACACUAUUGUCUUUAAAUAGAAAUUGCAUACAACCAUACAUAUAUAACAAUCAACCCCCAAAAUAUACAUUUAACUCUCUUCAAAACACAAGAAACACAUUAAGAAUAAUAAAAACUGCAAAGUUUUACACAAGACAAAAAAA